AUGCCGGCCCUCGGGAGUGCCAGCAAGAGCAAGGGUAAGAGCAAGGAUAGCCGUCAGUCACGAAGUCGUAACACUACCCCGAGUUCAGUCAUCAGUGCUGGCGCGGCUGCUACCGGCCCCACGAUCACUCCUCUCUUGGAGUUGGAGACGAGUAAACUUCUGGUCUCUGCAAAGCCGACCUAUUCAGAGAUCAUCGAGUAUCUGGAGAGCCAUGGCAGCAGACUGGAGCCCAAGUCUCUCCAUGAUAUUAUAGACCAGUUGAAGCAUCUGAGCGAGUCGGCGGAGAAACGCGCCGAGUCUUGCGAAAAGGCCAUUCGUCUAAUUCAUGAGCAGAAGAAAGAACUGGAGUCAGAUCAACAAGAUCGUGAGCGGCAAGCGGAACAGGCCCGGCGAGCAAAGGCCCGAAAGGAAGAGUCGCACUCGCAAAAGAACCCGAAGGCGAAGAAGCGCAAGGAUAGACCUGAAACCUUUGACAGUGUGGAAAUCAAACGGGAAGAUGAACCUACGAAGACCAAAUUAAGCCGUGCCACAGGCACCCCAGGGCCUGUAGAUAGCCCUUCUCCAUCAAAGAAAACGAAACUCAGUCCCGGCACGUCAUCACUGUCAGAACCCGCCGAAUCACCAGACCCUGCGGCGGCGAGUGCCCACGCUUCCCCGACCAAAUCCGAUGUGUCCAUGUCUGAUGCUGAAGACAAUCGUGUCAUUCAUGGACAGCCCCCGAUUCCUCAACAAGGCUUCUUUCCAGACCCGCUGGCGCCUGAUCCGGUGAUAUAUCACAUCCGGGAAGUGACUCCGGGAAUGUCGGAUGCAGAGAAGAGAGAAAUUUACAGCGUCACUGCAUAUCCUGCCAAAGACCUGAGCGAUCAAAUCGCAGGAACGCCUCCUGACAAAGACUUCAGCAAUACCAAACCGACGAACCAAGUCGCUGCCAACACUUUCCUCACCUAUGUAGAACCGUACGUUCGACCUCUCACGGAAGAGGACAUGGCAUUUUUGAGAGAGCGAGGCGACCGAACCACUCCCUUCCUGACAGUACCUCGCGGCAAACGCUCAUAUCAGGAAAUUUGGGCUGAGGAAGAUGGAACAGUGCUAGUGGAUUCGGGCAAUGACAAGCUUGCACUGAACCAUCCGCGAGGCGGUGUGGAACAAAUUAAUGAUGAUAAUGUCGCAACAGAUCAAAUCUCGACCGGACCAUUGGCCAGCCGCCUCCUUUCCCUGCUCAAGUUUGAGCACCGGUCCCCGCCAAAUGACAUGAAUGGCACGAAUGAUCUAAAUUCGUUCAUGGCGACUGACGGGAACGACACGAUGGACCUAGACGGGCUGACAAAUGGCCAUGACGGAUCGGAAAAGCCACUGGCACCCGCAUCGGCCGUUGCAGAGCUGGCAGGUUCCAAAUCUUCCAAUUCUCAGCGCCUUGAUUAUAUCCAGAGCGACGAACGAAUUAAGGGUGAACUCCGUCACCUUGGUCUUCUCGGACAAGAUGAGAAUCCUGACUAUGAUGCUCACCAUGAUGAUGAUAUCAGUGAGAGGCUGCGACUCCUUCAAGCCGAGCUUCGUCGUGUUAUCAUUAUCAACGGGGCUCGCAAAGCUCGCCUACUCGAUCUGGCGAAAGAACGCCUUGCAUAUCAAGAGUACAGCACUAUUCAUGAAGAUCUUGACAGCCAAGUUCAACAAGCUUAUCUCAAACGGACCAGAACGUUAGGCAAGACCAAGAAAGGUGGCCCUGGAGCCAACAAACCUCGACCUGGCGGCCAUGGUCUCGCGGGCCCUGGGACAGCAUUAAGCAUCAACAGAGCCAGGGACAUUGGGGACAAUGCCAGAAUGCUGAUGGAUAGGAGAAAACGUUGGGAGAGUUGCAUCGGACCGGUGUUCAAGGAUAUGAAGCAUGGAAUUCCGGACAAGGACACGACUUUAUGGGAUCCGAAAAUCAUGGAAUUGUAUGAAAAAACCGAGAUGGAAUCCCUGGAGGAAGAAGCCGAGUAA